AGUGACAUGCUCGAUAAUUCUCAUGCAAUGUUCGUCAUUGGACCAGUGCAUAGCAUGGCAGAUACGAUUAGUGAAGCAAGCUCUCUUGAUGGUGCCUGUAGUAAUGUCUACAAUGAUCCUAACUUCACCAACCCAGUCACUGACGACAUAACAGCUCAGUUGGCAUCAGCUGGUCCAGUUGGAGUAGCAGCAGCUGCAGCCAUCUCAACAGGCAAAAACAGGAAGAGGCCCCACUCAUUUGAGAUCAAUCCAACUGUCAGGAAACGACAGCAGACUCGUCUGCUCAGAAAAUUAUUGGCAACUUUAUCUGAGUAUACGACACGGGUAGGCCAGCAAGCCGUUUUGCUUUGUUGCACUCCUGGCAAGACUAAUCCAUUAUAUUAUAGAGUCUUUGGUUCUCAACCUCUUGAAGAUGUGUUGAAGGAGGAAAAAUCUGUCAUACUUGCUGACCUGGACAAUAAGUUGGCCCUACAGGCACCACACAAAUCCUCUGACAAAGAUUUUAAUAAGCAUGAAUUGCCACCACUAAAUGUUGAGGGCAUACCCACACCCAUCGAUAAGAUGACGCAAGCCCAACUGCGAAUGUUUAUCCCAGAGAUGUUGAAGUAUUCAACAUGCAGAAGCAAGCCCGGCUGGGGCAAGGAGGGUUUGAUGCCCGUUUGGUGGCCGGCCGAUGUCCCAUGGGCCAACAUUCGAUGCGAUGUGAGGAGUGAUGAAGAUAAACAGAAGGUAUCUUGGACGUCAGCACUGAGGCAGAUAGUUCUCAGCUGCUAUACAUACCACGACAGACUCGAUCUUCUACCUACGUACAAAGAUGACACUAACAAUGACAACAACAACGUCGAUGACGAUGAUAACAUCAACAACAGCAGCAU